GUGGAUAUCAGUACGCGGGCGUUUGUGAUACUGGUGAGUUCACUUUGUGACGCGGAUUCGCACACCAGAAUAAAUUCUGGCCUCAGAGGGAAUUCCAUUUGGCUCUGGCAAUCUCAAUAUCUCAGUCACUCUGCGACCGUCGUCUGGCUUAAAUCGUGUGCAUGUGUUCCCAUUUACUCACUCCGGAGAAGAAUUCCUUAAGCAUGAGAAGGCCUCUUCAUUGACUGGGUGAAGAGCCUCUUCAAGAUUAUUAUCACACACCACCAGUAUUGACAUUUAAAAUUGUGUUUUUGCAGUUCUCCUUUUUUCCACGGAGUUUGUAAAGUGCGAAUCAAAACAAAUAAGAAGCGAAAAAAAUAUUGAUAAGUCAUAAAAGUGGCACUGCCGCAAGUGAGGUGACAUUUAAGCGCAAGAAAAGCCAUAUGAUAGUGUUAAUCGUGGCACAAUAUAUUGGAUGCAAGAGAGUUCAAGCGAUCGAUUGUAUUGGCAUUGGUGUUAAUUGAAUUUGAAAGUGUGCAAUCUGUUAAUUAACUGAAAUUACACUCUCGGUGUGUCUAUAAUCCACCUGGUGAGCACAUAAAAAUUGGGAUCAUUCGUGUCAAGUUCAGCCACCCAAUUUAAUCGUCAUGUGGGUGAAACCGGUGCACUUUUGACGAUCAGCAUCUCCGAAGAGAGUCACCAAACUAAGUCCAGUCGUCAUCGUCCAUCGCACAGAUCCAGUGAGGGACAGAGGCUUUUCUCUGCGGACAGAGUCCACCAGCUGAGGAGGGCACAAGAGGCAAAAUGAUGAGUUCCAGCUCCACAACCACGACCACAACUGAACAUCCGCUGGUGCAGAAGCGCCUCGAGUGUCUGGAGGAGCUCAACAAAUCCACCAGCACGAUGGAGGACGGCACAUAUUGUCCGGGAACAUUUGAUGGAUGGCUGUGUUGGCCAAACACGCCAGCAGGAACCGCAGCAUUUGCUCCAUGUCCAGAAUUCGUCACAGGUUUCGAUCCAGCACGUUAUGCCCACAAGGAAUGCAGUUCGGAUGGAGUUUGGUAUAAGCAUCCUCUCACAAAUAAAACGUGGUCCAACUACACAACGUGCGUUAAUUACGAUGACUUUGAAUGGAGGCAGCAAGUCAAUUUAAUAUAUGAAACAGGAUACUCGAUAUCCCUGAUUGCCAUCCUGCUGUCUUUAGUGAUUUUAGGCUAUUUUAGGUCCCUCAAGUGUUCCAGAAUUACAUUACAUAUGAAUCUGUUUUCAUCCUUCGCCGCCAACAAUUCCCUGUGGCUGCUCUGGUAUCGAGUCGUCUUAGGAUCACCAGAAGUUCUUGAGCAAAAUGAAGCUGGCUGUGUCGUGCUCCACCUGGUGCUCCACUACUUUCUCCUCACAAAUUACGCCUGGAUGCUCUGCGAGGGCUUCUACCUUCACACAGUCCUCGUGGCGGCGUUCGUGUCGGAGAAGAAGCUCGUGAAGUGGCUCAUUUGGCUGGGAUGGGGCGCUCCUGCCAUUGUCAUAGUGCAGUAUGGACUUUUAAGAGGAUUACACGGAGAUGAAACAGACACAGUGCAGUGUUGGGCCAAUGAGACGUCGUACACGAACAUACUUGUUGCACCUGUGGUCAUAUCGAUGCUACUUAAUCUCCUGUUCCUCUGCAACAUUGUGCGAGUGCUGCUGCUGAAGCUCAAAGCGCCGGCCGGGCCACAAGGCGGAGGACCUUCCAGGACCGUGCUGCAGGCAUUCAGGGCCACCCUCCUUCUCGUUCCUCUUCUGGGUCUGCAAUACAUCUUGACACCCUUUCGUCCGGCGCCGGGACAUCCGUGGGAGCGCGUUUACGAGACUGUAUCAGCUUUUACGGCCUCAUUUCAGGGUUUGUGCGUCGCCUCGCUGUUCUGCUUCUUCAAUGGCGAAGUGAUGGCUCAGGUCAAGCGAAAAUGGCGAACACUGUUUUUUCGGCCACGGGCAAAUUCAUACACGGCGACCCAAGUUUCGAGCGCAGGUAACGGCAGCUCCGUGGACGAUGAUAAUCACAAUGAGCGUCUCGAAUUGGUGACAAGAACACAAGCGGUCACUCACCAAGAGGACGCCAAAGAGUCACUCAUUCACCACGAGACAAUCGCCGACAACAUGAAUCCCUCCACCAGCACAACGGCCAAUGGAGGCAGCCACAAAGUGACAUUCACCAGCAACACAAAUCCAUUGCCACCGUCGCCAAGGGAUGAUCAUCUGUAGUGGAAAUGUCGUCCAUCGAGUCAAGAGAAGGACGCACUUUGCGGCUCUACCGCAGAAUGAAUAGAAGAAAAUGCUCUUUCAACUUAAAACGCGGGGACAAUUCUUAGGAAAAAAAACACAAACAAACCUCCAAAGUGCCAUAGAUUUAGGGGUGGGAGAAAAGAAGUGUUGAGAAAAAGAUACUGAAUUUUAUUGCGUGUAUUUAGAAGAUAUUUAGAACUUUUAUGAAUGAAAAUAGUUAGGAAAUUAUUGACCAUUCUCAAGAGGUUUGUAGUCAUCAUUCUGAAAUGGAAAUUGUGAGGCAACUCGUGAAAAUACUGAAAAAUAUAUAUAUUUGUGAUAUAUUUUUCUCUGACUUUUGUUCAAGGGAGAGAAAUUUUGAGUUUCAAUAAUUUUCUUUCCUAAGAAAAUAUCAAACUGUUGAGUUCAUGAAUGUUCAGAGUAAAUUGUAACUACAAAAGUAUAAUAAAUAUACCAUCAUGGAUGUUAGAAAUAAUCCAAUCACAAGAGGCAAAAAAAAUCAUCAAUUUGAAGACUCUAAAACUCCUCUGCAGACAUUCAAGACAGCUGAAAUGCCUCUUGUGAUGAGCAGAAAUUAAAAGGAAACGAAUUUAAUGUUACUACGUAUUUAGAAGAUAUUUAUUGCGUCUUAAUACAAUGUGAAACAGGAAGAUAUUCGUGUACAUAAAUUACGCUUUAAUUUAAUGAUAAACUGAAUGUAAAACUUUGAAGAGUGCUUAUCAAGAAAAUAUGAGAAAAAAAUUGUAAAAAAUGUGUCGAUAGAAAAUUAAAAAAGUUGCAAAAUGAA